CAAAAAGGUUGGCACACACAUCAGCAGAAUGCCCCAAAUCAACAAGGUCGUCAUCAUAGGAGCAGGCCCUGCCGGCCUCGCAGCUGCUCUUCGUCUUCAUGACAUAAACAAUAUCUCCGUGACGAUAUACGAGAUACGGGAGCAACCCACCCACCUUGGUGGUGCUAUCAAUAUUCCAGCAAAUGGCCUGCGUCUCAUUGACCGACUGGGAGUGUACGAAUCACUUCUCAAAGGAGGCUCUAUUAUACCACAGCUGGUCGUCCAUUCCAUUAACGGCAACGAACUGGGUCGCCUCGAUUACAUCGCUAAAAUCAAAGCCAAGACGGGUUAUGAAUUUAUUCGCAUCAAGCGGACAGUGGUUGUAGACGCCCUUCUCUCCGAAGUUCAAAAUCGUGGCAUACCAAUCCAUUUCAACAAAAGCCUGGUGGCUGUCGACGAGAACGCAAAGACAGGCGCUACGAUUACCUUCUCGGAUGGGAGCAGCGAUACGGCAGAUCUGCUCCUCGGUUGCGAUGGUAUUCAUUCGGCUGUUCGCAAGCUGCAUGUUGACCCUAAGAUCAGACCCGAGUACUCCGGAGUCUCAUCCAUGUCAUCUAUUGUUCCCAUGCCUACUGAGCUGGCCGGGAUGCACACCACUUUUACAUCGCAAGGAUCCGUAGUGGUUGUUCCGUGUGCAGAAAACUCACAAGAGAAGAGUUUGUUUUGGUUCCUGACACGACAUAUUCCGGAGCCAGACACGGCGGACAAGAGGGAUGGGUGGAAUGAACAUCGCGAGAAGGAAGUCGCGGGGUUCAAGAAUACACUCGAGGAGGUAACCAGUGAGGUCGGCGGAGAUUGGGGAUCUUUUCUUCGUGCUGUCGUGUCUAAAACCGAUACAGUCAAUUUCUACCCCAUCUACCGACUUCCGCAUGGAGGCGUCUGGCACACCAGCCGGUGUGUCUUGAUCGGUGAUGCGGCGCAUGCUAUGCAACCACACGUUGGACAGGGCGUGUCCAUGGCGCUGGAGGAUGUAUUCCUCCUAUCCCGACUUUUGAAGAAGGAAUCCUCCCUGCAAGAAAGUUUACGCCAAUUUGAGACAGUCCGUCGUCCACGAAUCGAGGAAUUCGCGUCCCAGGCGGCCAACAAUGGUAAUAGGGCCCGUCAAAAAGGGCCGUGGCAGAUGGCCAUCACGGAAUGGGGAAUGUGGGCAUGGUUCCGGGCUCGUCGGGUGUUUAGCUCGUGGUCGUGGGGUUUUCGCGAGGAGGAAUGGACUUACGAUAUUGACAGGGUUGAUAUUGAUUAUUUUGAUGCUUUAUAG